UCCGACAACAUCGCUUAUUGUUGUCGAGAACAUGUUAGGUUAAUGUGUGGUUAAUUUGCAUUUUUCGAAGCCAAAUAUUUCCAUGUUAAAAGGCAAAAUGCAGCUCCCCAAGGUGGAAAUUAACAAGUUCGACGACAAAAAAGUGCAACAAUUACUACUGGAAGAGAACAGAUUUGUGAUGAACUUAUUCGCAAUAUCAGCGCUUCCUGAACGACGAGAUCUGGAUGCAGAAGCAGAGAAUGAUGAAAAUCCUGCGGAAAUCCCGAGUUUAUCCGUAAAGAAGACCCGAGCACAGUCACUGCAAGAGCUGGAGUCUCGAUUGAAAGCAAUCGUCAGCAAGAAGAAGCUAAGUUAUAAAGACAAAUUGGCGAAAAAGGGGCUGAAGAAACGGAUGAAAAAGAAGAACAGACAAGAUGUGCGAAAUGCCCAGUCAAAGCUGGAACGGAAUGCGAAAUUAGCAUUGAAGCAAGAGAACGCCGAGAAUGCAGAAGUGAAGGAGACAAAGCCAGUGUUCAAUACCGAUAAUAAUAUCGUGUUUUCGAAGAUCGACUUUGCGGAUAUUGGCAAGAAAAAGGUGAAAAAGCAGGAAAAAGAUCCUAAGAAGCUAUUAGAAAAAAUGGCAGAGGAGAAAACUAAGCUGGUGGAAAUGGAAAAGACGGGCGAUAUUAGCAAAGUGGUGCAAAUCAAGGAAAAAGCUGCCUGGAAAAAUGCCUUAGCCAAGGCAGAGGGACAGAAAGUCAAAGAUGACCCCAUUCUGCUCAAAAAGUCGGUGAAAAAGAAGGAGCAAAAAGUGAGAGCAAGCAAAAAGAAAUGGGACGCUCGAAUACAUAACGUUGAAAAGGCAAAGAACGAAAGGCAGUCGAAACGAACUGAGAACAUUGAGAAGAAAAAGAAGCAGAAGAAAGUUAAAAAGCUGAAGGCCGCCAGUAAACGAGGCAAAGUUAUUCCGGGAUUUUAAAAAUUCAAGAACAAUGUAUAAUACUAGCUGUCUCAUUCCAAGGCAGUUUGCAGAUGGUUUCAACACGUGAAUCUCUCAAAUUGUGAUAGAGUGUCGAAACAUCUUCAAUAACACUCAGAAUUUCCCCACAUAAAAAUAAAUGCAUCAAAGUAAA